AAAGAGACCACUGAAAUCGAGAGCGAAGUAAUCCGACGAGAAAUUUUCACUUAGCCCCCCUCGAAAUUCUUCAAAAUUAUCAUCAGAUCCAGAUCUGGGGCAUCGUCUUCUCCGAGAUCGAAGCUGGAGCAGCUACGGACAAUCGGGAGGGAGCUCGCCAUGGGCUCCCAGGGCGGAUGGGGACAAUCCAAGGAGUUCCUGGACCUCGUGAAGUCCAUCGGUGAAGCCCGCUCCAAGGCGGAGGAGGAUCGCAUCGUCCUCUCCGAGAUCGAAACCUUGAAGCGACGCAUCGCCGAACCUGAUGUCCCUCGCCGCCGUAUGAAGGAGUAUAUCAUCCGCCUCGUCUAUGUGGAGAUGCUCGGCCAUGACGCCUCAUUCGGCUACAUCCAUGCCGUGAAGAUGACCCACGAUGAUUCCCUGUCGCUGAAGCGCACUGGAUACCUCGCCGUCACGCUGUUUUUGAACGAGGAUCACGAUCUCAUCAUCUUGAUUGUUAAUACGAUCCAGAAGGAUCUCAGAUCGGAUAACUAUCUGGUGGUUUGCGCCGCGUUGACGGCUGUUUGCCGGCUGAUCAAUGAGGAGACCAUCCCUGCGGUGCUGCCCCAAAUUGUGGAGUUGUUGGGGCAUCCGAAGGAAGCUAUCCGGAAGAAGGCGGUAAUGGCGCUUCACCGCUUUUAUCAGCGAGCGCCGGGUUCAGUGUCUCACCUGAUCUCCAAUUUCAGGAAGAGGCUCUGUGAUAAUGACCCUGGAGUGAUGGGCGCAACCCUUUGUCCACUUUUUGAUCUUAUAACAGCAGAUCCAAGCUCUUACAAAGAUCUGGUCAUGAGUUUUGUAAGCAUCUUAAAACAAGUUGCUGAAAAAAGGCUUCCAAAAUCUUAUGACUAUCAUCAAAUGCCAGCUCCAUUCAUUCAGAUAAAAUUACUGAAGAUUCUUGCAUUGCUGGGUAGUGGUGACAAGCAAGCUAGUGAACAAAUGUAUACAAUUUUGAGUGACAUUUUCAGGAAGGGUGAAUCCACUUCCAAUAUAGGAAACUCUAUAUUAUAUCAAUGCAUUUGCUGUGUUUCAUCCAUCUAUCCAAAUACCAAGUCAUUAGAAGCUGCUGCCGACGCAACUUCCAAAUUUCUGAAGAGUGACAACCAUAACCUCAGAUACAUGGGUAUCGAUGCUCUUGGUCGACUAAUAAAGAUUAAUCCGGAGAUAGCAGAGGAACACCAGCUAGCUGUUAUUGAUUGCCUAGAGGAUCCUGAUGAUACUCUGAAGAGAAAGACCUUUGAGUUGCUUUACAAAAUGACAAAGUCAACAAAUGUGGAGGUUAUAGUUGAUCGCAUGAUAGAUUACAUGAUAAACAUCAAUGAUCAUCACUAUAAGACAGAAAUAGCAUCUCGAUGUGUUGAGCUUGCUGAACAAUAUGCACCAAGCAAUCAUUGGUUUAUCCAGACCAUGAAUAAAGUCUUUGAGCAUGCCGGUGAUCUUGUAAAUGUGAGAGUGGCACAUAACUUAAUGCGGCUGAUUGCUGAAGGUUUUGGUGAGGAUGAUGAAGGUGCUGAUAGUCAACUGAGGUCCUCAGCUGUGGAGUCAUAUUUGCGCAUUCUUGGGGAGCCAAAGCUUCCAUCUGUAUUUCUGCAGGUGAUUUGCUGGGUUCUUGGAGAAUAUGGAACAAUGGAUGGGAAGUGCUCUGCUUCCUAUAUAAUAGGGAAGUUAUGUGAUGUAGCAGAGGCUCAUGCUAAUGAUGACACUGUCAAGGCUUAUGCAACAACAGCUAUCAUGAAAAUAUUUGCCUACGAAAUUGCUGCUGGAAGAAAAGUGGAAAUGUUGCCAGAGUGCCAGGCCCUAAUUGAUGAGCUAUCAGCAUCACAUUCAACAGAUUUGCAGCAGAGAGCGUAUGAACUCCAGGCUUUGAUGGGCUUAGAUGUUCAUGCUGUGGAAAGUGUAAUGCCGUUAGAUGCAAGCUGUGAAGACAUUGAGGUCGAUAGAAGUCUCCCAUUCCUGAGCAGCUUUGUGCAGCAAUCCUUAGAAAAGGGAGCAAGACCCUACAUUUCUGAAAGUGAACAAUCUGGGAUGUCCCACGUUAACAUUUUUAGAAGUCAAGACCCACAUGAAGUUUCUGGUCAUACCCUCAGGUUUGAGGCUUAUCAGCUUCCAAAGCCUUCCCCUCCUGCAAGUGCUCCAAUUGCUUUUGCACCACCAACAGAUCUAGUUCCAGUAUCUGACGCAACUUAUGCCAGAGAUAUCCAACCACCGCCAAAAGUGCCUUCUUCAUUGGAUGCUUUAUCUGCUGAUGUUGGGGUUAGGCUUCGGCUUGAGGGUGUUCAGAAGAAAUGGGGCAAGCCAACAUAUUCAUCUUCCGCAGCACCUAGCACGUCUUCCACAUCUCAGAAGACCGUAAAUGGGGCCACCCAUCUUGAUGGGGUAGGCUCAAUGAGUGCACAGGCACGUGAUACACGUGAUAACUUGUAUGAUUCAAGGAGACAGCAGGUUGAGGUUUCAGCUGAAAAGCAAAAACUCGCUGCAUCAUUAUUCGGUGCCUCAUCAUCAAAAAAUGAGAAAAAACCAUCUAGUCAUAAAACAAUCAAGGGAAGUGCUGGCAAUGUAGAGAAACCGACUAUCAUGGUGAAAGCUGUUACUUCUUCUGAACCGACAGAGAAGACUUCUGUGCCACCACCGCCUGAUUUGCUUGAUUUAGGAGAACCAGCACCAGAAACCAAACCAUCAGUGGAUCCAUUUCAGCAGUUGGAAGGGCUUCUCGGGCCAGCUCCUGUUCAGUCAACUCCUGAUUCUUCUGUUGUUGCUGGCCCCAGAGAACCUGAUCUUAUGGCACUUUAUAGUGAUAUACCGAUGACAAAUCUAAGUGGCACUUCCACCAAUCCAACGGUUACAGACUUAUAUGCUGUCAGUAAAAACCCACAAGGUGCUACCAAUGUCUCAACUUUGAAAAAGGGCCCAAACCCUCAAGACUCGUUGGAGAAAGAUGCUCUUGCAAGGCAGGUUGGUGUCACGCCAUCAGGGAAGAAUCCCAACCUGUUCAGGGACUUGUUUGGCUAAAUGAAAUCAAGUGAUCUGUCAGGCUAAAGAACUUGGAACUUGAUCAGAAUCCAUUGUGUGGUUCUAUCGCUUUGAUGGAUUUCCUAGUCUGAGCCAUAAUUUGAUUAUCAAGUUGAUUCGAAGGGUUGCUGCAACCAAAGCCAUUGAGAGGAUAUCUGUAGAGGAUGAUAUGAGUCUGGGAAACCAAUGUUUUAUUAUCGGGACUGCUACUUCUCUUUUAGUUGUCAUGGUGUAAAUUUGGUCUGUGUAGCCUGAACUUCAUACCACCUCACACUUAGUAAGGAAAAUAGGGAUCAAUCUCAUCUGAGGAAGGUCCCUGAUGAAUGCAUUCCCAUAGACUAUAGUCAGUUUGUCAUGGAAGUUGUAUUUGUUUUCUGUGUAGUGAAUAAAGUUUUGGGCCUCUUUUGCAUGUUUUUUUAGACUGCUCUCCAUAAGCUUCCCUUCAAUCAA